AUGGCCCUUCUCGCUCUCGAUAGCUACAUAUCAAACUCGGUUCGAACUGAAUUUCAGAGAAAUAGUUUAGAAACAAAACGGGGCACUACCACGACUAGCCUGAUAGCAGCAAACAAAAGUCUACUACUCAUCACCAGCUACGACUUCCCAACAGAAACCAUUAUCGACCUAUUAGAAAACCACAAGAAUGAUACCUCUUAA